AUGAAAGAAGGAGGAAGUAUAUCAAUAGAUUGGGUUUAUCCAUUAGAUGAUGUAGUUGGUUGUAAAAGAGAGACAAGAAUCUGUAUGAUCUUCCCUGGUAUGAGCGGUAAUAGUGAUCGUGGGUAUAUAAAAUGUUUAGUACAGCAUUUAAGUCAAGAAAAAGGUUACAUUGUAGGAGUUUUCCACAAUAGAGGAAUUUAAUCAGAGUAUACAUCACCUAUGUUUCUAGAUAUAACCAGCUCAUCCGAGAUAGAUGCUGCGUUGAAGCACAUGCAAUAGAAAUUUCAAAAUAAAGCUCAUCCACGAUAUGUUGGGGUAGGACUCUCACUUGGUGCCAAUCUAAUGCUUAAGAUAGCGGGUGAGUAGAAAGAAAAAUUCCCUCUAGAAGCUAUGGUAUCAUUAAGCAAUCCAUUUGAUCUAUGGAAAGUAUUAUGCUAGAUGAAAGGUAAUGUUUUCGAAAGAAAUCUUGUCAAAGAAUACUCAGAAGACACCAUUCUGAAACAAAGCCCAUCUGUUGCUGAGCAAGAAAUAAUUCUUUAGAUGAAAGAAAAAUACGAGUUGAAUUUUGAAAAGAUAAGGUAAGCUAGAUCGUGGAAGGAAUUAGAUUAGGAAUUUACAAUGAAAGUUCACUAUAAAUAUGAUAGUCCUGAAGAAUACUAUCGAGCAUCUUCUUGCAAAAAUGUUAUUUAAGAUAUACAAAAGCCUGUUUUAGUAAUUCAUGCAAAGGAUGAUCCUGUUACCCCACUUGAGUGUAUUCCUUUAGAAGAGUGUAGAUAAAAUAAAAAUAUGAUUGUAUAGCUUUUGAAUAAAGGAGGACAUUUAUGCUUUUUUUAGGGUUUAUUUGGAAAUAAAAGAUGGUACCCUUAAGUUAUUAGUGAAUAUUUAGAUGCAGUUUUGGGACUUGACUAGAUUAAAGAAGAGAGCUAGUAUUGA